UUUAUAGCAACUUUCUCUGAAAAUUAGUUGGCAACACUGACUGCAGCAGCGGACAACGUGCAGAGUGAAAUGCCGCUGAGGAAUAGUUAGUAGGCCUAUUAACCUGGUAACUUAAACUUUAGGCAACAUGCUGCAUGCUUACGUGAAAUGUCGCUUCACUGUCUCAUAAGAGCAUUUCAGCCGUUUAGUUGAAAGCCACUAUCAAAUUAGACUGUCUGCCAUGCUGAAAACACAAAAAAAACAAAAAAAAAAAACAUUUAAGAUGGUUUGUUGGCCAGGCUGGUCUGUAACUCGUUAACUGUUACAGUUAACUAAUUGUAAUAAUUGUAAUAAUUCAAAAAUAAUUGUAAUAAUUCAAAAAUCUCCUGCUAGUCAGGCUGCAGGAGACCAGCUCGGCCAGUUUGAAGGUCAAGAUAGAGAUUAUUUUAACAGAAUUUUUAGACUUUUUUUCAUCAGGAUAAUGCUGAUAAUUCUCGGUCAGGCAGCAAAAGUUAUGGUUCUUCUACGGCAGCUGACUGAAGGUUAUUGGCGAUGGCGUCUGAGAAAAAAGACACCGGUGAAGUUUUGAAGGAACAGAAUGUACUUCUUCGAAUCUGCAAUCUUCGAUCUGUCAGUGCCGCUCUGGAAUCCAUUGAGAAGACAUAUAUCCAUACGAAGCAGUCUCAUCCCAUUAUAAACUCUGUUUGUGGGAUGUAUGAGAAAGGUGUGAUUAAGGCUGGCAGCUUGGCUGUAUGGAGCAUUCAACCGGCCCUCCAUGUACUGGAGCCCCAGCUUGUAGCAGCCAACUCAUUGGCCUGCAGAGGACUGGACCACCUGGAGGAGAAGGUACCAGCCUUGCAGUAUCCACCUGAAGAGCUAACAGCAAGCAUCAAGGAGCUGGUGUCAUCAACUUUGGAAACUGCCAAGGAUAGUGUAGCCUGUCCAAUCAAGCAGACCUCUAAUGUUGUAUUGGACAAGGUAUCUACUGGGUACCAGCAGAAGAAUGAUGGGAGUAUGGGAGUGCAGGAGCCUGAUGUUGGAGCUUCUGGCCCAAAGCCCAGCUUCAGCAGGCUGGGAGCUCUGGCCGGCACCAUCUGCAGACGAGCGUUUGAGAAGACAGCUGCACAACUCCAGCGCUCCAAACGUCAAGGUCAGGGACUGGUCACACAGAUCCCUGGCGUGAGUCCCCUGGUUGAAUAUAUCACGAGGACUGUGAAGACCAUAGGAAGUGUAAUACUGGGUCUGCCGAGCUCUGUGGCAGUGUUUCUGAAAGAUGUGCAACAGCACAAUUCUCUGCAGGAGGUGACCAGUAAUGAGUUGGAGCAGCUAGAGAGUAAUGGGCUUCCGAGGCUGGUCAGUGGAUUAGGGCGGCAGUUACUGAAGGUCUAUGGGUCUGUGGUGGCUAAUGUAAAGAAACCCCAUCAAACCAGCUUCAACCUGGCUAAGGAUGGAGUCAGCAUUGUCCUGCGGUCCUUUGGCACAGUCAGGGAGAGAGCACUGCACAACCUUUCUUAUUAUGGGCUGAUUCCUAGGCGAUCUUCCAAGCCAGAAGGAGGAUCCCAAAUGGCGGAAAACGAUAGAUCAAAAGGAUGUGUGAGUUGCUCUCUGGUGCUGGAAACUAGUGUAGGAGACCACAUGCACAGUCCCAGUGGCAAUUCUCAAAAGCAGCCCCUUAAGUUUACAGAGCUCAAGGAGAUAUCAGAGGAGACCCGUCAGCUGAAGAAGAAGGUCAUGAAGCAGAUUCCAAUGCAGCAGAAAGUAGUUCUUGCUGGCAGUAACAAGAAAGUUUCCAACCACAGAUCCCCGAGGAAGAGUCUGACAGAUUGCACCCAGAUCUCCUCCUCAUCGUCUUCUUACACUCGUACAGUGCAAAACAGCAGAAAUGCCCCCCCUACUGCAGAAUGAGAAU